AUGUUUCUAGCAGAGAGAAAUCUAACUGCUGGGGCCACAUUCACCCUCUUGGGCUUCUCAGAUUACCCAAAACUGAAAAUACCCCUCUUCUUGGUAUUUCUGGCCAUUUACAGCUUCAGUGUGGUAGGGAAUCUUGGAAUGAUUGUGAUCAUCAAAAUUAACCCCAAACUACAGACCCCCAUGUACUUUUUUCUCAGCCAUCUCUCAUUUGCGGAUUUCUGCUAUUCUUCCAUCAUUGCUCCCAUGAUGCUGGUGAAUCUACUUGCAGAAGACAGAACUAUUUCCUUUUCAGGAUGUAUGGUGCAAUUCUUUUUCUUUUGCACCUUUGUGGUGACUGAAUUAAUUCUAUUUGCUGUGAUGGCCUAUGAUCGCUUUGUGGCCAUUUGCCACCCUCUGCUCUACACAGUUGCCAUGUCACAGAAACUCUGUGCCAUGCUAGUAUUUGUAUCAUAUGCAUGGGGCAUAGGAUGUUCUUUGCUACUCACAUGUUCUGCUAUUAAAUUAUCUUUUCAGGGUUUCAAUAGAAUCAACCACUUCUUCUGUGAGCUGUCUUCCCUGAUUUCCCUCUCUAUCUCUGAUUCUUAUCUCAGUCAGUUGUUUCUGUUCAUUGUUGCCACUUUUAAUGAGGUGAGCACACUGCUCAUCAUUCUCACAUCUUAUGUGUUCAUUGUUGUCACCACCCUAAAGAUUCGUUCAGCUGGUGGGCACCGCAAAGUUUUCUCCACCUGUGCCUCACACUUGACCGCCAUCACCAUAUUUCAUGGCACCAUUCUCUUUCUGUACUGUGUGCCCAACUCCAAAAACUCCAGGCACACAGUCAAAGUGGCCUCUGUGUUUUACACAGUGGUGAUCCCCAUGUUGAAUCCUCUGAUUUACAGUCUGAGAAAUAAAGAUGUCAAGGAUACAGUCGGUAAAAUAACAAAAACAAAUUGUUUUCAUAUGGAAUGUAUGAAUGGGUAA